AUGGCCAGUCUAACUGAUGAUGAAGAUCUUGUUGUCGAGAUACUGGCAAGGUUGCCAGUGAAAUCUUUGAUGAGGUUCAAGUGUGUUAGCAAACCAUGGUGUGUUUUAAUAUCACAAUCUCAUUUUGUUAAGAAACACCGGAGCUUCGCAGACAGAGGCAUCACCAAGACCAGCAGCAGGCUUAUUUUUUUUACACAAAGUCCCACCUUCGUAGAGUUGGAUGAUUUGGAGAGUCCCAGAGAUGGUCCUGUUGCUCCUAGCAAGCUUGGACUGCCGGUAAUUACCCUUGAUCCUGAAGUUAUAGCCAUAAAACUUGUUGGUUCCUGCGACGGUUUGAUAUGUCUAGAACUUAACCAUAACGUGAUUAUAAUAUGGAACCCCUGUACUAGAGAAUCCAAUCUCUUUCCACAACCAAGAGUUGAUUGCUGUUCAAGGUUUUAUGGGUUUGGUUAUGAUUCUACCAUUCAUGAUCACAAGGUAAUAUUGGCAGGUUAUCCUUUAGUUGAAUGUGAACAUGAGUUGCCCAAAUUUUCUAGUAAACCCAUCAUUCAGGUGUUUGCACUCAAAUCUGCUUCUUGGGAGGUCUAUGAAGUAGAAUGCGAGAUUAUUAAAGGCUUGGUAGGGAGAGGGCACGCAUCAAAUGGAGCUCUGCAUUGGCUGGAGUUUGAGUCAUCGGUGUUUCGUGGUGGCUCAAAAAUCGUGGCAUUUGAUUUACAUGAGGAGACAUUUGAGGUGAUUCCGUUACCAUUUGGAAGAAUUGCAGCUGAUUUCAGAGGUAUAUGGAGUGGUUUUCAUGGGUUUAUGACAUUCCAAAAUCGUCUAUGUGUGUAUUCUGGGGCAUAUGAUCCCUACCCAGUUCGUAUACACAUGCUGAAGGAGUAUGGGGAUAAGAAAUCCUGGACUGAAGUUAUGAAGAUCGAUUCAAAUUAUGUUUCUGGAUUGUCUGCUAGACUAGUUUACUUGAGGCCUCUGUGCUUUAUGGAAAAUGGUGAAAUUUUGAUGGAUAAGGUAGAAGAUGGACCUCAGUUGGCAUUAUAUAAUCCUGUGGGAGAAACAUUCAGGAAUGUUCUUGAUGGUCAUAUGCAUCUGAAUUUCGACUCCAUUAUCUGUAGUGAAACUUUAGUUUCACCAGCAACGGGCAUUGGUGAAGAAAAUGAUGCGGCACUACCAAGUACGUAA